UAAGCAUAGAUGAUAACGUAUACAUUGUUUAGGGAUUAUUAUCAAAACUGUACUUGGUGUAUAAAUGUGUAUUGUAGACUGCAGUAGAAAUUUAAAUUAAUUGGUUUGUAGUAUUUAUUUUUUAUUUUUAUACUGCAACUAAUUUAUACUGUUCCGAUUUGAAUAUAAAUCAAAAAUUGCAUAUUCGUCGAGUAGCUAUACUUAAAAAUGGAAAAAAAAGUAAAGGUUACUAGUCACAAGAAGAAUCUAGCUAAAAUGCAUAGCAUGAAGCUAAAUGAUUGCAAAGUAGUGAUAUUGAAGCUGGUGGACGAAUUACUUGAUGCAACAAGUAUGAUGUCUAAUUCCCCAUCAAUCAAAGAACAAUGGUCCAUACAUUUGGUGAUUGUCAAUUUAUUAUCUAAAAUAAAUCAGUUAGAAGCAGAAUUUGAUUUGAAGCCUUUGUCUCAAAGAAAUGAUCAAUCUAUUGAGAAAUUAACUAAAUGGGCUACAAAAAACGGAGCCAUUCUUAAUGGGGUGGAAAUUCAUCAGUUUGAAAACUAUUCAUAUGGUAUGAAAGCCAACAAAAAUAUCAUAGUUGGCGAUAAGCUUGUGAUAGUACCCCGAUCCUUAAUGAUGACUGAAGAAAAUAUACCGUCUUCUCCUCUGUGGAAAUUGCACUCUCAAGAUAUGAUGUUGCGUAAUAUGCCAAAUGUUGCUUUAGCUAUAUUUAUUUUGGUUGAGUCUUUACGUAAAGAUAAGAAGAGUUUUUGGCAUUCAUAUUUAACUUCUUUACCAUUGACAUACUCAACACCGGUAUAUUUUGAUGUGGCUGAUAUGGAAGCUUUGAAAGGAUCACCUGCAUUUGAAGCUGCUUUAAAGCUGAAUAGAAAUAUAGCUCGACAAUAUGCAUAUUUCAAAAAACUAUUUCAGUUGUCAAAUGAUCCAGCUAGUGUAAUAUUAAAGGAUACAUUUACUUAUGAGUACUAUAGAUGGGCAGUAUCUACGUUAAUGUCUCGUCAAAAUACAGUUCCUAGCUCUAACAACCCUUCUGAAACUGUAAGUGCUCUUAUACCACUUUGGGACAUGUUCAAUCACCGCAGUGGAAGUCUGUCGACCGACUUCGAAAAGUCCAACAACGUGUGCGUUUGCUACGCGGACGCCGACUACUCGGCCGAGGACCAGGUGUACAUAUUCUACGGGGUGCGCACCAACGCCGACUUCCUGGUGCACAACGGCUUCGUGUACCCGGACAACGAGCACGACGCCGUGAAAAUACGCCUGGGCGUCUCCCGCUCCGACCCGCUGUACUCGCUCCGCCACCGGCUGCUCCAGACCCUCUCGCUGUCCGCCCUGUCCGAGUUCUACAUCACGCCCGGCCCGUUUCCCGUCGACGGCAAGCUCUUGGCUUUCGUGCGCAUCUUUAACAUGGACCAGAAAACCUUGGAAAACUGGAUUCAACUGGAAGAGAAACACUGUUUGAAUUUGACGCAACUGGAUGGCACGCUUGACCCGGCACUCGAGAUCAAAUGUUGGGAAUUUUUACAAGUCAGAAUCAGUUUGUUGAUGAAACAGUAUCCUGCAUCGCCGGAAAAUACGGAUAAGUUGUCAAUGUUUCAACAAUUGGCAUACACGCAGAUACAACUGGAAUUGACAAUAUUGAAAAAUGCUUUGGAGUAUGUUAAACAACAUUUGGAUGUUGUUCUUAAGCCAUGA